GUUUUCCGCCAUCACUUCAACCUUAUAAAUAAUGACGAAUAAUGUGCAAAAAUUAAUAUUUCAUCUUUUCAUAACGACCAUAACAAGAAAGAUAAACGGAUCAAAAUAACCAUGAAAACCUUUAAGCAUACGCGAAAAUAUUCAUUAGUUACAACUAAAGAUAUUCAUAAAAAUUUAUCAUUUAAUUAUCAAUACAAUUCCCGUUAUCAAUAUCGGCAGCAUAAACGUUUUCAAACGCGGCGAAUAGAUUUACGAUUCGUUUUACAAUCGCUGUUUUUCUUAUUUUGCGUCAAUAUAUUACCGUUAUGUUCUGGUGUCGGUUAUUCAUAUACGCGUUUUGUCGGCCCUGUCAGGGGUCCCGAGCAAGUUUACGUAACCGAUGAUCCAGUCAGUGGACGUCAACAUUUGGAUUAUAUAGCUAAGCCGGAAUAUGAAUUUUCGUACGGCGUCGAAGAUACUGAAGCUCGGAUUCUUCAUAAUCGCAACGAGAUACGUGAUGGUGACGACGUUAAAGGAGUUUACAGUUUAGUGGACCCGGAUGGUACCUUACGCGUAGUUAGGUACACGGCGGACAAUGUUAAUGGGUUUAAGGCUGAGGUUAUCACGAAUGGAUUGUCAACAAUACAUGGUGCGCAGCUAUCACCUUUUCCAUCACUUUCACCCUCCCCAUCGCCUACACCGUCACAACCGCCUACACCCUCCGUUAAUGUCUAUCAUCCAGUAUUGGGUUUGAAUCCAGACUUGCAGCGUUUUGUAAAUCCAUCGUAUUCAAAUCAAAGACCACAACCGCAACAACAUCGACCACAAUUGCCACCAACGUUACUGCCAGUAACUUUUCAUCCUUCACCAACGCCGCAAUUAUAUCAUAAAAUCAAUCAGAAUACGGAACACAAAGAAUACAGACCGCAAUAUAAAGUUCAUGAAAGUGAAGAAGAAGACGACGACGAUAGUGAUGAUUCCGGUCAGAAGGGAGAAGACGAUGAUGUCGAAGACUAUGAUGAGAAUGUUAAGAAAAAUAUUGCCUAUCAAGGGGAAGAAAAUGAUGAAGAUUAUUGA